AUGGCUGAAGGCCAGCCAGAUAUGCAAAUCGUUUACAAUACUGGUUUUACGUCUGUCUCAUUCUUUCUGCCGAUUUUGGUUUUGUCUGGAGCAUUUUAUCUGCUUGAUGCCACUGACAGGAUCAAUCGCUAUUAUAUUGCGUUGGCGGGUCUAUUGAUGGGUGUGGCAAUCAGUGCAAUGCACUACGUGGGUCAACUUGGAAUAGCAACCUACCACUGUACCUAUCGAGUUGGAAACGUGGUUGGAGCAUCUAUCAUCUCGAUCGUGGCCAGCAUAAUUGCAUUGAAUGUCUUUUUCACCCUUCGAGAGAGUUGGACGGAUAGCUGGUGGAAGAGGGUACUGUGUGGAACAGUCCUAGCAUGCUCAGUCUCUGGUAUGCAUUGGACGGCCACAGUCGGAACAUGGUAUCGAUUCAAAGGCUCUGGGUCAAGACCAACUGAUCCGUUGUCGAGGAAGCAAACUGUGAUAGUGUGUGCCACGUUGUCAGUUGCGACCUGCAUUCUCAUGCUCUUGGUUGCUUUGAUUGCAGGGUACAAGAAGAAAACGUGUCGAAGUCGAGCUCAGCAAUUAGUCCUUGCCUGUGGAUACUUUGACGAAGGUGGCAGAAUCAUGGUCACGACUGAAGGCGCUUUGCCUACACAGAAAAUAGCGGAUCACUACAUGGACAAGGUCUUUGACAGGACACAUCCCGCAUUUAUUUGGGCUUUCAGAGCUUCUUACAACUGGCAUACCUUGAAAGCAUUGAUUCCUGGCAUGAAAGAUCAUCUACAUGCCACCGACAGUGCCGCCAUGCACUGCCCAGAAGAAUCGAGAUCUAUGGUCAACACCUGCAGCGCUUGCCCAGACUUCUCCAUGGUCUUCAAAGAGCUCUUUAUCUUGGCAGCUCUGAAUCUCGCGUAUCAAAUCCAUCGACCAUUAGAGGUCUUGGGAAGAUUGUUCGAGGAGCCACUCGAAACUGGACGAAGAACGCGGCUGCCAAGCUGCAGAAGAAGCUCGGAUGUCGAGUCAACUCCAAGUCCCGUGGAUAAGGAAAAAGAUAUUCUUCUGCGCUUCCUCAGCGCCGGCAAAUUCCUUUUCGUUACACGGCAGGUGAGCAAAACCGAUGUGGCUCUUUUCGGAGCUGCUGGGUUCCGAUUUGCCCCUAUAACGCAAAUUUCGGGUGCACUGUCGAAAACCAUGGAACUUCCUAGUGAUGAGCUGACAGCUCGUCUUCAGCACAUGCGGACCCAGACAGCCUCUGAAAAGCUCAUGCCACCUGGAGUGCACCUAGCCUGCUUUAUGUUGCGCCCACGUCUUCAUCAAGGCUUUGAUAUUCUGGUACCUGGAAAAUCACGUAAUCAGCUGCCCGCCGUCAAGUUACCGUAUGAUGACCUGACAGACCAGCAAGCUGAAGUACUCAGGAAACUAGACGACCAUACCGUUGCCCAGAUGUUCGAGAUGCUACAGGGCAGCACUGACCUUGGUUCAAAAAAUGAAACCGAGUUUUAUCGGGACUUCCUACGUGCACUCACACAACUAGUCAGACAGAUCGAUGAUACCAAAAUCUUACAGGCCAAAUUUUCUGCUUGUGUGGUUGAGGCUCCGUGUCAACCGCAGGGUCAUUCCGAUACAGCAUCAAAGCCUUGUUCCUUACUUUCAAUUCACAUGAUCAGCACAAUAUAUACCCCCUCGCCCAAAUCCGACUUCGUCUUCAUACCUCUCCGCUCCUUUACGGUCCAGCAGCAGGUGUAUAUGGGUGUGGCUGAUCAAGAGGCAUUUGCACGCCAGGCUGUUGUGGAGUUUGCCCAUUGCUUUGAGCCAGGAGAAGACGAAAAUAAGAGGAAUUCAAACCACUCAUCUCGUGUGCCGAUCCUAUCUUCACGAGCACCCGACUCACCCAGCAGCUGGCACUGGUCCAAGGGCAGCAGUCAACGCAGUAUUGACGAAGCUCGAGGUUCAAGCAGCACGGCUGAGAAGCUUGUCAACUCUGCUUCUGGUGCGAUAGUUGUUAGCAACGAUGUCACACUGGAUAUUACCGAUACGUUAAAGCCAAUAGAGAAGGCUGGAGAGGGGCAGAAUGAGAUGGGCUCGACGGGAGGCGCAAGUGCCACUGCGGUUGAAACAGAAACUUAUGUGGAUAAGCUCUUUGCAUUGUAUCAAGCGCUGUCGUAUCUCCGCUCGUCGCCGUCGCUCCUCUCAGCCUUCUUCUCCAACCCAACCACAACACCCUCCUCCUCCUCCUCAACGAGAACCUCCCCACAACCAAACACGACGACCCAGCAAUGGCUCCGCUACCUCGAAACCUACCUCUUGACCCCGCUCUUCACCUACCUCCCCUCGCUCAACCCGCUGUCAGACCCCAAAGCCAGCAACAACCGCACCAAUUUCAAAUCUGCCGGCUCCGCCAGCAACGGCGGUGCGGAUGUCCUCACGACCAUCCUCGUUCUGGCCUCGCUCUUUGUCGUCUUCAAGAUCGCGAAUUAUAUCCGCAGUGCUGGGGGUUGGAUCAGACGGUUAGGGAUGGGGCGAUGGCUUGGGGGUUUGUGGAGGGCGUGGUGGAGUGGGUGGGGAGGGAGUUUGGGGGCGGCGGUGGUAGUGGGACGGGAAGGGGAGGAGGAGCGAGGGGAUAUGAUGCUAGAGGACCGGCUGGGAGGAGCGGUUAUGGCUCUGGGUACGGUUAUGGGGGAGGAAGAGGACAGGUUCCGAGGGGGACAAGGAGGGGUGGUUGGGUUUGAGGCUGAGGGAGUUGAACGAGAAUUCACUACCGGAAGAAAAUGGGAUUGA